AUGAUAUGCAUGAAUGCAAGUGCACUGUUACAGGUUUGGCUUCGCUCGAAACAAUCAGUAAUUCCGUACUUUGUCAACGUUAUCGUUUGUAACACUAUCGGCGGCCAGACAUUAAUAUGUCUUUGUGAGGCCAAAUAUGGAGCCCUUAUCAGAGCGAUUGCCACCUUUCUCGUUCAACUAGAUCGAGUUGAGACGGCGGAAGACGUCAUAAAGGCCAUACAAGAUAUGGGCAAAACAGUGGAAGCGAUUUCUCGGUAUUUCCUUGCAAUGGCUGCCUGUAAUACCUCAAGACGGUUAACAAACGCUGGUUUCAUAAAGAGCCCUGAGCAGACGUCUUCGUUCAUACGUACUAUAUGGCGCAGAACUGAGGCACUGUUACAGCUGUCAAAAGUGACCGAUACUCAAAAGCCAGAGGGUUCUCGCAACGGAGCCAUUUCUUUGACGUCGCUACGAUCUGCAUUCUCCACAUUGUCUCUAUCAUCCAUUCAGACACAGAAUUCGGCUGUACGAAGAGAGGUAGUCAUAUUUAUCAAACUAUAUUUACUGAGCACACGCUAUCAUAGAUGCCGUAAACAAUCAUGA